AGACCAAUCCUGCUUCAGGGCCAUGAGAGGUCUAUUACUCAGAUAAAGUACAAUCGUGAUGGUGACUUGCUGUUUACAGUUGCCAAGGACCCAGUUGUAAAUGUUUGGUAUUCUGUGAACGGAGAGCGACUUGGUACCUACAAUGGCCACACUGGAGCAGUGUGGUGUGUUGAUGUUGACUGGGAUACACGCCAUGUGCUCUCUGGAUCAGCAGAUAACUCUUGCAGAUUAUGGGACUGUGAAACAGGGAAGCAGCUAGCCCUCCUACAGACUAAUUCAGCUGUCAGGACCUGUGGAUUUGACUUUGGAGGCAACAUCAUUAUGUUUUCCACAGACAAGCAAAUGGGUUAUCAAUGCUUUGUCAGCUUCUUUGACCUAAGAGAUCCAUCCCAAAUUGAUGAUAAUGAACCAUACAUGAAGAUCAGCUGCAGUGAGUCCAAGAUUACUAGUGCUGUGUGGGGGCCGUUGGGUGAGAACGUCAUUGCCGGCCAUGAAAAUGGGGAAUUGAACCUGUACAGUGCAAAGUCUGGUGAGAUUGUCACCAAUGUCAAAGAGCACUCAAAGCAGAUCAAUGAUAUUCAGGUUUCCAGGGAUAUGACCAUGUUUGUCACAGCAUCCAAGGAUUGCAGCGCCAAGCUUUUUGACAGCACAACAUUGGAGCACCAAAAGAGCUUUCGCACUGAGAGACCAGUGAACUCCACAGCCUUGUCUCCAAUAUAUGACCAUGUUGUUCUGGGGGGAGGACAGGAAGCCAUGGAUGUGACAACAACCUCAACCAGGAUCGGCAAAUUUGAAGCUAGGUUUUUCCAUGUUGGUGUUGAGGAGGAAUUUGGAAGAGUAAAGGGCCAUUUUGGACCCAUCAACAGUUUAGCUUUCCACCCAGAUGGUAAAAGUUACAGCAGUGGUGGAGAGGAUGGAUAUGUCAGAAUACAUUACUUUGAUCAACAGUAUUUUGACUUUGAGUUUGAAUCUUGA